GUUGGUUUGAGUGGAAGGAGCUCAGUUGCCUUUAAGCAUGGUUUCAAGUUCAAGUUUUGUAAAUGAAAAAACAGCUGCUGGAAGAACUUCCCUCUUUAUGGGGUUUAACGCAGCUCAAUUCCGAAUUAGUCAAGACCCAAUGUGGUUGAUAGAUACUGAGAGACAUGGAUGAAGCAAAUUUGAUGAUUUCCAUAGAACCUCAAGGAGAGGCCUUCAACGUUGGAGAAACUAGGAAAUUUUAUUACUUUCAUAUUCCUUUUGAUUGUGCUGGCAUUCCUUGGAUGUCUUCUGGAAUAGUUGGAAAUGUAGGCAACGUGGGGUUGGGCAGUUCAGGCAAUUCAGGUCUUAGGAUAGAUGAAAAUUCAGGAAAUGGUGGCAACUCCACCUCAGUAAGUGGUGGAAGCUCAGGCAAUUCAGGCCUAGGGAGUUCAAGCAACUCAGGAACAAGAUGCUUAGGUAUCUCUGGCAAGGUGAUGUCCAAAUGAGGCUAGAUGUCCAAAAGAUGCCUAGCCUCAACACUAAAGCCAUGUCCGUUUGUAGACCAUACCACCAACAAAAGUGGCAAG